UCAAGUGGAUACAAAUUGAACGUUCAGCGCUGCGUCACUGCAUUCCACUUUUAGGAGAUCUCUCCAAACUAAUCAUGCCGGAACCAUCCGUCAAAGCGCCCAAGAAGGGCUCCAAGAAAGCCGUCUCUAAGGCCGUCAGCAAGACCGGCAAGAAGAAGAGAAAGACCAGGAAGGAGAGCUACGCCAUCUACGUGUACAAGGUGCUGAAGCAGGUCCACCCCGACACCGGCAUCUCCUCCAAGGCCAUGGGCAUCAUGAACUCGUUUGUGAGCGACAUCUUUGAGCGCAUCGCCGGCGAGGCCUCCCGUCUGGCUCACUACAACAAGCGCUCCACCAUCACUUCCAGGGAGAUCCAGACAACACAGUCUAUUUAUUAACCAACCCAAAUGAGUCUGUAUUUGUAUCCUAUGUAGACCCCAUGCAUACUAAGACUGACGAAUUUACUGCCUAAUCUACAGUAGGCAGUGGGCACAACUCUAACUACAGUCUGGACUAUGAACAGUCACCUGAGCUAAACAGUUCACAUCACCUGCAAAACUCAAUCCAAGCAACAACUCUUAACACGUCUCAAAACAGGCCCAGUGCAGCCAAACACUAUGCACAAGCCUCACUGAGA